AUGUUACUUUCUAGGCUUUCUCGAGUUGGACUUGGAGCGUCUAGAAUUCUCUCACGAGGAAGAUGCAUACCCUCAUGUAGAACAGUAUCAGUACCAAGGUCUUACGGUCAUUACUUGCAACCUCAGCUUCAAUCACAUCAAGGUAAGCUGUACGUGGCUUUCGUUUUUCAGAGGCAUCAUUACUUUUCCACCGAAGGUUCUAGUGGCGAAUCUUCAAAUGGAAGUCAAGAGAAGCAAUCGAUAUCUGUAACUUUUGUAGACAAGGAUGGGGAGGAAAAACAGAUUAAGGUCCCAGUGGGAAUGUCCAUGUUGGAAGCUGCUCAUGAGCACGAUAUAGAAUUAGAAGGAGCAUGUGAAGGCUCGCUUGCCUGUUCGACGUGUCACGUUAUUGUGAUGGAUGUUGACUAUUACAACAAAUUGGAGGACCCAACAGACGAGGAGAACGAUAUGCUGGAUUUGGCCUUUGGGCUAACAGAGACUUCUCGACUGGGUUGUCAAGUGAUUGCAAGUCCUGAGCUUGAUGGGGUGCGACUAGCUAUUCCUGCUGCCACUCGGAAUUUCGCUGUUGAUGGCUUUGUACCAAAACCACACUAG